AUUUUCAGCAACCAAAGCACUACCCAUCUAUCACAUUGUAAGACUAGGUGUAGAUGAGUAUGCAAGUCAAGUGGCCAGAGUUUCAUUGUUAAUGUGACUAUAUGUCUAGUGCUCGCUUGGGGCACACCGUCCUUGGCUUAGGUCAAUCUGAAGACCCAAGGCGUUUCAUGAAGCUCCGCGUGACAGCAAUGAGAAAGCCAUCAGGAGAAGAGCCAACAGAGAAGACCAGCUUCACACUCUUAGGCCAGACUCCUCCUAACAAAAGCAAACAAGCCGAUAUAUAGCUGUUCGCCAUCUCAUCUGCACAUACAACUAAGAAGCCAAUAUUUCACUUUAACCGAGGAAUUAGCAUCGUCAUUACUAUUAUCACUUAUCCACCAUGGACCAACCCGACUUAAGUCAGGUGCCAGCCACAACACCGCCCGCUGGUGUGAUCCCAAACUUCACGAACCCGCCAUCGCAGCAAGUACCCAUGAUUGUUGUUAGUACUGUGGUGCUGGCACUCACAAUCGUGUUCGUGACGAUAAGAAUUUAUACAGGCGUCCGCAUUCUUCAUAGACUUGGUACUGAAGAAGUUCUCACUCUAGUGGCCACCAUAUUUUCAAUUGCCUAUGUUGGGAUUGUUUUGUCUCUAAGUCACAAGUCACGCCACCUCUGGGAUGUUCCGUUGAUCUGGUUUACUGAAGACUACUGGAAGAUUCGAUAUGCCGGAAAUACGAUUCAGGCUUUUGCUUAUUUCACCUCUCGUUUGCCGAUUUUAGUACUUUAUAUUCGUCUGUUCGGCAGACAAGCUGGUUUCAGGUUCGCCUGCUACUUCGCACUGUUCGCCAAUUUCGCUGUAUAUCUUACAGCAAUUCCUUUACUCUCUUACUUCUGUGCACCACGUAUUGGUGAAGACUGGAAUUCGUUGGAUGUCUUUGACAAGUGCAAAACCCUGCUUAACUGGGCAGUUAUCCAAGGCAGUUUAGACAUUGCUCUAGAUUUGUACAUUUUUAUCCUCCCUCUGCCACCGGUUCUCCGUUUGCAAAUGCCAAAGCGCAAGAAGAUCGGUGUUCUAAUAGUCUUCCUUACCGGCUUCUUCGCCGUCAUUGCUAGUGGAAUAGGAUUUUACUUCCGUUAUAAACUGACAUUCACCCCUGAUAUCAACUGGAACGAGGGAGCUUAUAUAUGCGCAGCUAUUGUAGAAAUCAAUAUAGCCAUCAUAUGCAGUUGUAUGCCCGCGUGUGCAAAUCUAUACAGACACGAACGGGAAAAUUCGAUUCUUUUCACCCCAAUACGUAUAUUCCUGGAUCAAUAUGUCCUCAAAUCAUCAAGCAGUGGUACACAAAAAACACCCAAGUCCGUGUACAGAGGUGGCCAUUCCGCCACACACCACAACACAUCAACAACACACAAUUAUAUCCAUUUACAAGAUGCGAGCCCCUUCACAUCAAGGCCUAUGCCAUACCAUUUUGAUUUCGAAUCAAGUGUGACAUCCGAUCAAACCAGCAACAGUAUCACCAGAAUGGUUGACGUGGUUGUUGUUUAG